UUCAUUUCAGAGAAUGAAGAAAUCUAUUGGUGGACACUCCAUGGCAGAAUUUCCAAGGAUAACUGGCUUCCUCAUAUUAGACAGUAUGAAAUGAAAAACUUAAUAAUAUACAGUAUUGGGAAAACUGCAGAAGGGCUAUAUACAUGUAUUUGUAACAGAAUGAAGACGAAAUCUCUCAUCUAUGACAUAUAUGUGAAGCAAAAAUAUUCACCAUCCUUGGUUAGAAAUGCCAGAGACAUCAAUGCUGUUAUUAGACCAGGAAGAACAGAAGGAGACUUCACCUUGGCAAUCUGUCUCUCAGUUCUAAUUACGUUUGUUUGUGCUUUUUGUCUUGGUGCUUUCACUAGACCUUACAUUGGCAGACUCUGGAGACAAAUAUGCAGAAAGAAAAGCUCAGCUUCAGAAAAUACAUUUUCUAAUCAAGGAUUUUCAGCUGAAACCCUGACAACAGAGAACAUUUCAAACACACAAACAAGCGUACAGCAAAAUUUGUCUUUUUGUAGUGGAAACUCUUCAAGAAAUGUAGGCUCUGACAUUGUGGAUGCUACUAGCUUGCAUAAAGUUGCCCUUCAUAACAGAGUACUUGCAAUAAAUACAGAAGAAGCAAACCAAGAUCAAAGCAGCAACUAUAUCAAAGUAAAGAAAGAAAAGGUGUCUCAGAAUAGCCAAGCAACUAAUUCUGCUGGUGAAGCAGAUAUAAACAUUGGUAAUAAUGACAUUUUUUCUGCAAUGUCAGAUCAUCAGUGUAGCAAUAAAGCCUUUCGAAGAGAAUUAUCAAAUAAUGACAUUUCAUCACGUGAUGAUUCAAAAUACCUUUUUAAUGAAGAUUCAGGAAAAAGCAGGUUCUCUCCUAUAGCGAAUAGAUUUAACGUGGACUCUUACUCACUCCACAUUGAAUCUUCAGAUUUAAAUUCACCAUUUGCAAGAGAAACUAACUUUCCAUUUUCUGAAGCACAAAUACAAACAAACGCACAGAGUUCUGAAUACAAUGAUGUAAACAACAGAUCUAAUCUGUUGCAGUCUGAAGUUGCAGUCUCUCUUCAGGAGAAUACGAGACAAAUGACUUCCCACACUCAGCCACUGAAUACUCAACAAUGUAUGCUCAAAAGGCAUAACUGUGAUAAAGAGCUUGAUGUAAAUGACAACAUAGAUAUGCUCAAUAACAGUGAGAAUUUUAUUUUACCUUCUAGCUGUGAAAGUGAUAUAAAUAUUGAGAAUUCAAACACCUACCAAACACAGAAAAAUUCUGCUGGUAUUCAAGAGUUUGAUUGUAAAGAAGAAAAUACUAGAAAUAAAGACAAUCCAGUGGACAUGUUUAAUGACAGCAGUUCCACAGAUGAAGGGUCUGCAUUCACACUGAGUGAUUCUAGUUCUUUAACAGACAGUGAACUGGGGCAAUCUAAUGCUGGUGAUGAUCAUCUGACCAACCCGUCAGUAACAGAGCAGGUGAUUAGCUUAAACAGUGGUACUGGCAAGUUCACCACAUUGCUACAGAGUCCUACAAUUACUACUGGAUUUCAAGAUAUUAUGGAAAAACAUGAAAAUAAGAAUGAAACAUAUUCUGAAACAGCUAUUAUUUCUGGAUCAGGUACUGGUAUGUCUGAAACACAUUCAUCUGUUCUUCAUAUAGAUUCAUCUCACACUGAUAUAUCUGACAUAUUUCAUAUUGAUAAGUUUGAUGAUCAUGUAACUCUGUCAGGUUCAAAUACAAAUAAUCCUCCAUGUUGUGAAGUUCCUGGUAUAUUUGAGUAUGUUACCAACCCAAAUUCACCAGUCCAGAAUAAAAUUUCUAAUCCUGUCUGCAAACAAAAUAUAAAUUUGAAUUAUGUAACAUUACCACCAUUAAAGUAUUCUCCCAGAUCUAUUCCAGAUACAGAGAACAUUAUUUCUAAAAACACUUAUUUGCAGCUUUGUGAAUUUUCUACUUUAACUCAGCAUUUUGACAGAUCCACCCCCUCUCAUCAAAAAGAAAAUGUUACUGAGAUCAAUACAGAAGAAAAUCAUAUAGCUCAGAGUUCUUCCCUGAAGAAUUACGGGGAAGAUGACAUUACAUUAAAUAUAGCAAAUAUUAAAACUCCUCACAUGAACAAUAAUUUUAUAUUCACUUCUAUUGAUUUUGGUUCAAACUGUGUUGCUAAUAAAGCAUCACUUCUGCAUUCCAAUAUAACUACUGAUGAACCAUUUCUUCAAUCUCAUUCAGAGAGCACAGAUGAAAAAUCUGUUGCAAACAUUACUGAGAGACAGGGCACAUCAGUGCAAGAGCAACAGCAUAUGAACAUGUCUGGGACUUGUGCACAAAGAAUGCAUAGAGGUUUUAAUGAAAGGGAAUGUGAUAAAUACACAGAACAAGAAGUUUUGUCUGGAAUGGAUAAAGGCAAUUCUAGCUUGUGUACAGCAGAAAUGAAGUUUCACAAUAUUAUGACAGAUUCAAGCCGUGUUACCUCUUCUGAGACAAUGCAAUCAGUUUUCAAUGAAGAAAAAUACCUACAACCUGAUCAUGAGAGUGAAGAGAAUGUAUGUUUCUCAACACAUCCCCAGAGCUAUUUUAAUGCAAAUGUGCAACAUAGUUUAUAUAAGAUGUCACAGAAUGCUCAAGGAAAUACAAUCGCCAGCAGAACCAAUUCCAGUGAGACUGAGAAUGAAACUUCGUUGGCAGAAUUAGAAAACAGUUCUAAGGCAGAUGCAAUCCUCCAAAAUUCAAGCGAAAAACCUGAUAAAAAAAAUGAAGCCACAAGAGAGCGUCUUUUAACAGAGGGCAGCUUUUUUGUUAAGAAGAAAAAAGCCUUUGAUGGUUUUGCAAGUGUUCUACAAAGCAGAACAUUGGAUUCCACAAAAUAAGAUGUAGGAUGUUAAAUGACUGUACUAAGACUCUCUGCAAUGUUUAUUAAGGGUACACAAUCUUACACAGUACACAAGUAAAUGUCAAAAUGUGCUUAGUUUAAGAUGGAGUAUGGUUCCUGAAUUAUAUAUAUACUGAUAAAUAUUGAAUAUUAAACUUAAAACAACCCCAACCAUUCAACCAUUGUGCCCAGUUUUCUCAGCAUAAUUAUCUGCCCUGAAUUAUUUCAGAAACCCAUUCUGUAAAACUAUUUUAAAAAUGAAGGGGGAUGACAGUAGUAUGACCCUAAGAAUUUGCUAUAUUGUAACUCAUAUCAGGCCUGACACACUCACUACCCCCAACACACUGCUAUCAUAAUAUGUAUCUAAAAGGUAUCAUGUAAGGUAUCAGAUGUAAACAGGUAAAUUGGCCCCAAAAAUCAGUGUCUGAUACAUGCACGAAUUGUGUACAAAGAAUUAUGUGUGCUGGAAGUAUGUUCUUUAAAAUGUGUUUCGGAAGCAGUGCAUACGUUGAGCACGCCCUAGCAAAGGAAUAUGUAUUCCCCUGUCUAAUUGGCUUGAUUACAAGCAGAGGAAAAUGAAAGCACAUUUACAUAUAAGGUAAACAAAGCAACCAAGCUAACAAGCAGCAGUUUAGUAAGCACACAGAGGGACAGAGUCUGCACCCUGAUGAAGUCUUCCCAGCUCUAAAGGCAGAGACAAUGGACUUAGGGCACAUAAAUUACAGCACCCUCUGAGUCUGUGAACGUUGGGUCCCCUGGCCAGGAGGGCUAGAGAUGCUGGUGGCUGGAUGUAAGUGAGAAAGCUGCUUAGGCAAAGAUUAUAACUUGCUAAAAUUAAAUUUUACAGUAGAGACCAAAUUUUGUUUUGUUUGUAAC